UCUAACAAGAGUUUUCUUCUCACAUUACCAUCGGGUUAGCUGUCCUAUACUGCGGACUGGAGACACUGCGUUACUGCUCAAUGUUUCAUGGACGGUUUGAAUAGAUUAUCUCUAACGGAAUACUUGAGAGCCAGGAAUUUAGCCUACGGUUCGCUGCCUGUUCUGUAGUGCUGCUGUUUCAAUGGGCUAUCGGCUAUCUAUUCACCGUGAGUAGGCUGAACGCGAUACGCUGUCUUGUUGCAUAGCCUACUUUUGUAAAGAAGGUAUGAGUUUGUUAGAAUGAAUUGCGCUUUUGGUAUUAUGUCAUGUAGUCUGGGGUGUUUUUAGAACUAUGAAUGACCCCCGUGACAAGGAUUUAAUACCGAUAUCUCGGAAACACCGAUUCAUGGCUGCAAUAAUGCCCGGGGACGAGAGCCCAUCGCAUGGCAACACUUCCAGGGCUGAUCGGAAUGGGAUAGGAUUGGUUCACUGUUUUAUUUGUGGAAGCGGCGUUUCGCCCGGAAAAGAAUUGAGAUUACAAGUGAAAUAUCCGAAAGAGAAUGGUCCGUUUUUCCCGUUUUUACAAAACCAAGAGCCAGCGCCAGGGGCAUGUGAAGUCAGCCCGGAUGGACACGCUACGGUGUGCGCCGUGUGCCACUGUUUUCUGGGGGAGCAGUGGAACUCAUUCGAGCGGACUAGGACACCCAUAGAGAAGCGUAUGUACUGGCUGAAGAGGCCGUACCAGUGCGACUCUCGGCGUAUACCACAGGAGUGGAACAUCUCCUAUGACCUGGAGAGGAGAAUCAGUGUCAGCAGCCAGAAUUACGACGGGAACGAGUCAGAUUUCUCCUCUUUCUCGGAAAACGAGAACAUGUCAGACCAAGAACUGGAUUUAGUAGACCGCGCCGGUGUGAGCAAGGAGAAGUACAAAACAUCUGCCAACAGCAGCAAAACUCCCAGAGACGGUGGCAGGAAGAACAACAACAGUGUUAUCAGUGUUAAAAACAGCCCUGACUCUCAACGGGCUAUCCGCUAUCCGGUUGGUGUCUACCAGGCACAGGACUCGCCGAAAUCGGAUAGUGCCAUGCCGCCCAGGCGCGGUGCUAAAAUUAUGAAUCAUGUCUCUCAAUCAUCAGUAUCUCUGUCCCAAGAGAUUGUGUCCCAGAGAUACUAUGACAGCUCUCACGUCGACACACCUGUGCAGGACAACGGGAUCAUUAUGCGCAACAGGCAGUGGCUAGCGGAGGGGAAUGUCAGACACGCUGACCCGCGCCCUCUCCAACGCGCUGCUGACAGCAGCUGUAGUUUAACCAGGCAUCCCUCCCUCAUAUUCCACCAGAAAGGAGAGGAUCUCGCUGACGCUGCCGACGUGCUAUCACCCAUUGGCACCACUGUCACCUCUAGGCGCGACGCAGCAGCACCUAGAGAAAGUGUUCCGGGUAGGUUUACAGCCUCUGACAACUCUGACAACGACCAUGAGAUCAAUAUUACCAGUGACGACGACCGCGAGUUGUUUGAAGCAGCUGGCAGCAGCAGAGAGAGGGUAUUGGCCCUGCUGAGACCACCCAGGGACGCUGCCGGGAGGGUCAUUGCCAUGCCCCAGAGUGGCGCCAGUGGUGGUGCCAACAGGAGUACCAGUCCCGAGGAGUGUGUGUGUUACAUCUGUGGCAGCGGGAUGUGGCAGGGCGGGAGGUUCCGUGUGUCUGUGCAGAAGCAGGAGAGGGCAGCCAGCGAGCCCUUCUUCCCCUUCCUGUGGUUACACAGCCCUCCCCCUGGCGCCAUGCCCCUCACCCCGGGGGGCACCACCCUGGUCUGUGCCAGCUGCCACACCUCCCUCAUGCAGCAGUGGCAGGGCUUCCAGCUGGCUGACGUGCCCGUUCUCCAGCGCCUCUACGUGGUCCCCCUCAACCAGGGCUCCUCCACACCUGCACCAGCCUCGGGCCACCCUCCCUACCUCACUCCCCAGGAAAGGCACCCCUCAGAGCCCCCGGACCGCCUACCUAAGUCUCAGGCUUCAUGUGAGGCCUGUUUCCUCUGUGGCCAGGAGUGCGGGCGGGAUGUGAGGGUGGCAUAUGCACGGGCCGGCGUGGGCAAAGCCCGCGGUGCCAUGUAUUUCCCCUUCAUCAACCUGCUGCCGUGCCCGCCUGGUGCCCAGGGAGUGAGGAACGGCCGGGUGCACUGCUGUCCUCCAUGCUACACCAUCCUGGAGGAGAUCUGGGGGGCGUACCGCCUCAGCCUCAGUGAGGACCUCAUCACCUCUGUCACCUCCUUCCUAGGGAGGUACCACGCAGCGCUGGCCACGGGGGGAGCCGGACUGGCCCAUUCCCAAAAGGGGGUGUCCUCCUCUUCCUCUGGCCAUGGUGCGUCUGUAUCAGUGUGUUACCUGUGUGGGGCAGAGCUAGGGGUCGGGGGGGAGUUCCAACUCCAUGUCAACCCUCCCGGGCGCUGUGGAGAGAGAGAGCCCUUCUUUCCCUUCCUCACCAUCCACCCCCCCGCUCCCCGCGCCAAACCUGCCGACGCCACCGGCCUGGUGUCAGCCUGUGCCCUCUGCUAUCACGACCUGCAUGCCCAGUGGGCUCAACAUGAGAGCCAGGGUUCUGCCACCUCCAGCUCUACAGCCCCAGGCCCAGCCUCCUCCACCCCCCAGCCGGCCAGCUCUCCCUGGGCCAGACAGUACAGCUGCGAGGCCUUUGUGUGUUUCUUCUGCAGACAGGAGCAGAGGCGUCAGGGGGGGCUGUGUGCGGUCACAGUGGCCAGGCUCCCUGUGUUCCUGUACGCCCCACGCGGGCGCCGCACCCUUCUCGUGGAUGAUGGGAGGAAGCUGGUGAUUGGCUCGUGUGUUGAAUGUAAGUCCAUGGUGCUGGCGGGACAGAGCAUGCAGCAGGAGAGAGACAGGGACGGGGAGGGACAGGGAGACGGGAGGACAGAGUCACCUCCCCCUACAUCACGCCUCAGACACAAGACAUCCAGCGUGAUUGAGGGCGUGGCCAGAGUCAGCAAGGAGGCUGAUUCUUCCUUACAUACAUCAGCAGUGAGCGAAUCACAAUCAACGGAACCUGGGGUUGGCCACACCCCUUCUCUACCCCCCACCCUGGAGCCAGAGAGAGGAGACCACCCACCUUCCAGCAUGAGCCAUGAGCCAAAGUCACCUUCCUUAGGAAUGAUAUCCACGGCAACUCGCACCACGGCGACGGUCAGCCCCCUCACCCCGUCGUCCCUUAACGGAUCUAUCGUAGCCAAUGGGAGCCCGGCGGCCCAGUCCGCACACUCUGGAUUCGCCGCCGCCCUCCGUAAACUGGCCAAACAGGCCGAGGAUCCUCGAGCUGGCUCGUCCAUCAGUAGUGAGUCGUCUCCGGUCUCGUCCCCAGCCACUAACCACAGUUCUCCGGUGAGCACACCCAAGAGAGGCCCCCUGGGCCCAGGGCCUGUCCUGGUGCCACCUGGGGGCCACAGUGUGCCAAGCACCCCGCCCGUCGUCACCAUUGCCCCCACCAAGACCAGCAACGGCCUCUGGAGGAGCGAGGCACGCCAGACUGACUCGGGCCCUCGUGGGGUCAGUAGGGAGCGUCUGGGAGCAGAGGCGCCCCACCAGCAGGAGAAAGGUGGCCCCUCAGUCCCUGCUCACCUCAUAGGAAACCCCUAUGCCUUUGGCCUGAGCCCCGGUGCUGUCAUGCAGGACGCACGCUUCCAGCCCCUCAAUCUGCCCAGGCAGCUGCCCCAUGGAGUGCCCCCUGGUGGUGUACCAGAGGAGUACCUGCGGGGGUUCCGCCCCUACGCCACGGCCGAGGACCUCCGCAUGCCUUCUGGACUGCCCCUGGGCCUGGACCCCGCCACCGCCGCCGCAGCCGCCGCCUACUACCAUCCCUCCUACCUGCCACAUCCCUCCUUCGCCCCCUACAGGAUGGAUGAUCCGUUCUGUCUAUCAGCUCUGAGGUCACCGUUCUACCAGCUCCAAGGAGGGGGAGGCCUUCCCCCCCUGCACCCCUCUGCUGUCCACAUGCACCUGCAGGGGGUCCGCUACCCUGGGGACCUCACACACGCCUCACUGUCCGCUCUGCAGUCUGAGAGACUGUCUGAAAGGCUCCAGAUGGAAGAUGAGCUCCGACAGCGAGAGAGGGAGCGCGAGCGUGAACGAGAGCGCGAGAAAGAGAGGGAGCGUGAGGCGGAGCGAGAGAAGGAGCGGGAGAGAGAAAGAGAGAGGGAGCGAGAAAGAGAGAAGGAGCUGGAGCGGGAGAGAGAGCGUGAGCGGGAGAGGGAGCGGGAGAGAGAGAAGGAGCGAGAGAGAGAGAGGGAGAUGGAGAGGCAGAAGGAGAGGCAGAAGGAGAGAGUGAUGAGAGAGAAGGAGCUACAGUCCAAGGCGAUGGAGAGUCACUACCUGGCUGAGCUCCAUGCCAUGAGAGGACAGGAGGACAGAACCAAGCCUGAGAGACUCACCCCCAACCGGUCAGACAAAACCAAAGAGCCCACCCUCCAAGCUCCUAAGCCAAUGCCACCAGGCCUCCACUCCUCCCUGAGCCAAUCACAUCACAGCGUUCCCGGCCUGGUCUCUGCCCAUGGCCUCUACCUGGGGCCCGGCGGCGUGGGGGCGGGUCUCACCGCCGCCAUGAUGCUCCAGCGGACCAAUGAGGAAGAGCGCUGGUUGGCGCGGCAACGGAUGCUUCGCCAGGAGAAGGAGGAUCGUCAGUACCAGGUGUCAGAGUUCAGACAGCAGGUCUUAGAGCAACACCUGGACUUGGGACGACCUGGGGAGGGAGGAGAGCUACGCUCCGACACACACAGGUCCAUACCAAAUCACCACGAGCCGGGUGGCCGCGACAUCCACCCCCACCUGGGCGCCCCUCCUCCUCUCAUCUCCCCAAACCCCUCCAGUCCCCGACCACCCCCACCCCCUCCCCCCACCACCCUGUGGAACCCUGCCUCCCUCAUCGAUACCGCCUCAGACUCACGACGCACCACCCACCACGACCCACCGGGCUUGGGCCACUACGACCUCAGCCGCUUGCCUCCCAAACUGGAGGAUGGGCUCCGGAGGGGCAGGGACCGGGACGGGGGCCUGGAGAAGUACCACCCCCAUCUCCGAGGCCCCCCGGGGCUGCCUGAGCCCAGCACCUUCCUGGCAGAGCUGGAGAAAUCCACCCAGACCUUCUUCAGCCAGCAGAGGGCCUCGCUGUCCCUGCCCAGCCAGUACGGAGAGCUGGGGGGAGGGAUGAAGAGCAGCGGGGCCCUGAAGAGCCUCCAGGGGCCCCCAGGAAUGGGGAGACAAAGCCAGGCCCAGCGACACAGUCUGGGACAGGGAAUGGGGCCUGAGUCUGGCCUAAUGUAUGAUGAGUUUCUCCAGCAGCACCGUAGGCCUGUCAGUAAACUGGACCUGGAGGAGAGGAGGAGGAGAGAGGCCAGGGAAAAAGGUUACUACUAUGAGCUGGAUGACUCGUAUGAUGAGAGUGAUGAGGAGGAGGUCAGGGCCCACCUCAGGAGGGUAGCAGGGCAGCCCCCUCUCAAACUGGACGACUCCACAGAGAAAGUGGACUUCCUGUGUGUGUUUGGUCUGACCACGGUGUCACGACGUGACCACCUGGUGCAGCAGAAGAGGAGGAAGAGGAGGAGGAUGCUGAGGGAGCGCAGCCCCUCGCCCCCGGCUGUUCUGUCCAAACGCACCCCUCCUCCCCCUGCCCCCCUCAGCACCCACUUCACCCCAGAGGAGAUGGACAGAGCCCCCGAACUGGAAGACAAGAAACGCUUCCUCACCAUGUUCAGCCUGUCCCAUGUCUCUGUACAGCAGAGGAGAGAUAAUGAGACAGUGGUAGAGUUGCUUCAGGCCAUUAAACAGAAGAGCGUAACCUUGGAUACCAUUAGACAUGCCCGUCACCCCCUAUGUAAGACCCCCCCAGCACAGAACUCAGAUCCUGCCUCAGCGCUUUCCAGCGAAUCAGAUGAGCCAUUCAGUGUCAGUCCCUCCUCCCCCGGCGGACUCCUGGGGCAGCCUAAACCCCCCUCCUCCUCUGACGCACUGAGACCAAAGGACCCCCCUCCUCCGCUCCCCUACUCGGAAAAGACCCGUGGGCUCCCUGAGUGCCCCCCCUCCAAGAGGAGCUCGUCAUCCAGCCUGCUGAAUAGCCUGCGCCCCCCCGUGCAGCCUAAAGAUGCUCCCCCCAGCCUGAACGGCCGGACCAAGCCCUGGGAGAGCUUUACUGCUGAAGAGUUUGCCCAGCAGUUCCACGAGUCCGUCCUCCAGUCCACACAGAAAGCCCUGCAGAAGCACAAAGGUGGAGCCACAGUGAUCUCAGCGCCCUCUCACCUCCAGGACUCCUCAGUGCACUACAACAUUCCAGAGCUGCAGAGCGCCCCCAGCCGGCCGCCCCCGCCACACACACACCCUCACACACACCCGCACUCACACCCGCACCCCCAGCCCAAUGGGCAGCACUGUCCCCCGCACCCCCACCGUGAGCCCCCAGGAGUGAGGGAGGAGCAGUCUGCACCAGAGGACUCAGAAGAAGAGGAGGAAGAGGAGGAAGAGGAGGCCCCAGUACCCAGGUGGCAGGGGAUUGAAGCGAUCUUUGAAGCCUAUCAGGAAUACAUUGAAGAGCAAGGUGUGGAGCGCCAGGUGCUGCAGAGCCAGUGUCGGAGACUGGAGAACCAGCACUACAACCUGAGCCUGACAGCAGAGCAGCUCUCCCACAGCAUGGGGGAGUUGAUGUCUCAGAGACAGAAGCUGGCGGUGGAGAGGGAGAAGUUACAGGCCGAGUUGGAGCACUUCAGGAAGUGUCUGACGCUGCCGCAGCCCCACUGGGGCAGGGGAGGGCACUAUAAGGGUUACCCCCCCAGGUGACAGCUCCACUGAUCCCCAGGCCCGGCCCCAUCCCUCCCUGCCCAAACAGAGUUUAUUUUUAUGACCCAGCCUGGAUCUGGACCCGGAUGGACAGCUCCACAGGAGAGAGGGAUGGACAGCUCCACAGGAGAGAGGGAUGGACAGCUCCACAGGAGAGAGGGAUGGACAGCUCCACAGGAGAGAGGGAUGGACAGCUCCACAGGAGAGGGAUAAAGGAUUAAUUGAUAGAUGGAUGGGGCAGCAGGGCCAAGCAGUGAAGCACUGACUGGGGCUGCUGCCAGCCUGCCAGGGACGGUGCCACCAGCCAGUGGUCUGUGCUGACCCUGGGGUCAGAGGGUGCAACGGGCACGUCACACAUGGGGCAAAGCUCUAGGACGGUAUGGUCAACACACACACAAACAUACAAAGAGGCACACGCUCACACCAUUCUCUUCAGCAGGCACCAGUUACUCUCUUACAUUGCUGUCCCAGACCCAUCCUAGGCUCCCCUCACAGCCACGCCCACACGGACAAUCCUGCAAUCGGAGAGCAGCUCAGCCCUGGAAUGGGUGUGGUCACGUGACAGAGCGCCAUCUACCACCAAUCCAAUGCCCCUACCUCUGGCCAAUCGGACAGGACUGAACCUCCCAGCAUCUCUCCUGGUGGCAGGUCAGGCCAGCUUUCAAACUUGAAAUGCACUUAAAGAGAAAGACCUGAAGAACUGCCUGGUGGUACUGUGUUACGACAAAGAACUGUUCAAAUUAGGGAAGAACUUACAAAAUGCACAUUUUGGCAUGAAUAAAGGAAAUGUUUUAUUUCGAGAUGAGAAUAAGAAUUUAAAAGGUGCUUCAGCCUUGUAUUGUAAAUACUAUUAUGCCGAAAAAUAAUUUUGUAUGUUUUUAUUACUUUAAUCAUUGUUCUUUUAAGAAGAAGAAAAUAAGCCUGCCAUUUUUUUAUAUGUUCAUGCUUUUUUGGGUGAAACAGAAAGCUUUGCUUUUAGUGUUUGUUCUGCUGCUGGUCAGGACUGCCCUGUUCAGAGGUGUAGAUGGAAGGAGAAAAGGAGAGAGAACAUGCUCUUCUCCUCUCCCCCUUUGACCCAGCCAUGUGUGCUGCAGUAGCAGCAGCCUGAGCUCCAGCCACAGCCCUCCCUCCCCUGGCCUCCAGGCCCCGUAAGGCUCACUGAGAUGGGGUUAAGACCUAACUCCAGGCCCCACAGGCCUCCCAGAUCCAUGCACUCCAUCAGAACACCAGCCCCACAUAGAACCCCUCCUGUCAGGAACAGCAUAUUUUACCAAUCCCCUGUGUGAGUAGUUACCCAUGGGAAAGAGUGAGUGACAGCUACAGUUACAAUGUCAUUCUUUAUUUCUCUCUCUCUCUCUCUCUCUCUCUCUCUCUCUCUCUCUCUCUCUCUCUCUCUCUCUCUCUCUCUCUCUCUCUCAUAUAUAUAUAUUCCCCUUCAGCCCUAGUCCAGGGAUGAGCCCUUAGUAGAACUGUUGUCUGGUAACUAGACCCAUCUCUCUGGACCUUAUCAUUAAGCACAAGGGACACAACACCCAUUAUAAUGAGACAUUCAUAUCAUCACUAAACCCAGAGAGAGGAAACAAUGCAGACAGUACCAUGUGACAAUGCACCGAGGGAGAUCUUGCGAGAUUCUUCUCCUUUGUGUUUGUCAUAAAAGGAAAUAGUGCCAAAAAGUAGCCCUCCCUCUCACAAAAUAUCAUGAGGCUUUUUUAAACCUCAAAAUAGAGUAAUUAAGCGAACUCCCUGAAUUUAAAUGGCCAACCCACUUCAAAACUUGUUAUAUUACUACAUUGAUCCCACUUAUUAUAAAUGUCAAAGCCCUUGCCAACAAUUGGAUAAUGGACGAUUGUUUUCUCCACUUGAGGGCCCUCAAAUCCAAAGUCUAUUAAAGGUUCUCUUUUGCCAAGUAUAUGAAUCAUUGUCCUGCUCUGCACUGUGCAUCUAUAGUGUGUGUUUUCAUGCCUACAUCAGUCCACCUUGCUGCUGGCCAUAGCUGUCUCCUGUGCCUCAGUACCUCUGUUCCCCAGUCUCUCUAUUCCCCUACCUUCCUUCUGUGGGAGUGUCUGGCCGGUAGUUUUGUAAAAUAAAACGUUUACCCUUACAAGAGGACCUCCGGCAGCAUAGAUCGCAAUGCAGCGUGGGUAUUGUAGUGCUCAGUCAGACUUGACAAGGCUUUGAGUAUGUAGUCCUAAAGGGGUUCUGUUUGAACUCCAGUCUGAUGCUGUGGAUGUGAGAUGACAGGGAGGGGAGGGUGGCUGCAGGUCUGGUCCCAACAUCCCUCUUUGCUCCACUCCUGGUGAGCUUUCAGAGGAACACCUAGUUAGGGAGGCGGAAGCAUGUUUACAGAGCAGAGCUACAAUAGGAGCACCACCUGUCAAUCAGACAGCAAGCGCUACCACUGAGUUAAGCAGCCAAUGAGUUAGCGGGAGGACCCUAGGCCCUUCCCCAGAGCCUCCUUACUCUACCAUGCACACGCAAUAGCCCCCUGACUCUAUGGAGGAUGUCUAGACUCUAGAUGCUGUGAAACUCUGAUUUUAAAAUGUACUUGUUUGAAUUAAUUGUAAUGUAAUAUAUUAUUUGUUGAAUGUAGUAAUUAGGUAUUUAUGAAUAUAUUGCUGUAAUUUCAGACAAAAAAUUAAAUAAAAUAUUUGAAAAAUGUA